AUGAGCGGGGAAUCGACUCUCGAGGUGGAAACUCCUCUCUGGACGAAAAGGGUGAUGGAGCUCGAUGCCGAGGUUAGGGCCACGGCGAUUUCUGACUUUCCCCUUAGGAAAUUCGAGCUGCCGCAGCUGCCCGAGGAUUCAGUCUUGAUGGAGAUUAACAAGGUUACUUUCGUUCCUCGUAACCUGGAUCAUUUUGGGACCAAUGUCGCCAUGGUUAAUACUAUUCUUGGUUGUCAGGUUCCGACUCAGGUCGGACAAGGUGCUGGAGAUGGCGAGGAGCAAGAGGUGGCAGACGAAGUUAUGAAGGACGCCGGAGGAAAGGAUGGCGAGAUUGAGAAAAACGGCGGAGCGCCGGUUGCGAACGAGGGUCGGACGGAGGAGUGA